AAUGUGUUUAGACGUCUCUUCUCUGGUAGGACAAUUCAUGAAAUAUAGCAAAGUUUAAUAGUGUCAUUAAACGUUUCGUGCUCGAAAUAACUUUUGUUUACGUUAACGCGAAUCUAAGUAAGCUAAUGAUCUUAAUUUGUUGCAGCGUGGUUUUUUUUUUUUACUUUGCCACCAGAGUUAAUACGCAGUCAGAAAGUUUGAACCCAGGUUUGCCAGUAUUAUUAUUUCUCAACACACAGCAGUCUCCUUGACUCCCCUCCAGCCUUCUGCCAUCCCUCUCAUGAGGAGGCAGAGCUUACCUUUCUCCAGGAUGGAGGUGGCCCCGCCUGUCCCGCAGACGCAAUCGGAGAUCCAGAAGAAAGAGAGGUCUCUGCCCCUGAGCCAGCUGGUGGAGGAGACCAAGAGCAAAGUCCUCCCAAAUCAUCUGUUGGAUUCAAAAAUCUACGCCAGACUGAAAGUUAACAGUCACAUCGAAGCAGAACCCGCUGAGCUUCACUUUAGCGGCUUUGAGCUUGGGAAGAGUUACACCAAGACCGUGAAUCUAAUCAACAUUUCAAAUGCACCGGUGAAUAUUCAUAUAAUUCCAACCCUAACAAAGCACUUCCAGACAACUUACACCAAAAAGGACCGGCUCAUCCCCGGCCUCGCCUACACUGUGAACGUUGCCUUCUGCCCAGAUGAUUGGCGUUACUUUAGCGACUGCAUCCGUGUUCACUGCAAGGAUGAAGAGAACCUGUUAAUUCCAGUCCAUGCUUAUCCUGUCAUCAGUGACCUGCACAUCCCCACUCACAUCGACCUCUCCGCCAUACCGCUCGGACAAAGUGUUGAUCAUGUAAUUCCCCUGAGAUGCAGCUGUCCAGUUGACUUUGAGUUUCAGGUGUGCAUUAUUCAGCCACAUGAUGCCUACUCCAUCCACCCCGUCACAGGUGUGAUACCAGCCAAUGGGGAAGUCCUGCUGACCGUGACGUUCUGUCCUCUCCAGUAUGAAACGUCUCAGUUCACCUUCCGACUGGUCGUCUCACAGUUCAACACCAAGCCCUACUUGUGCACCAUCACCGGGUUCUCCAGGCCCAAUUUACCUCUCAGAACACCACAUGUCAGAUUUGAAGCCCCCGUAGGAGACGGAGCUCGUCCUUCCCUACCAUCUUCUGGACGUAAAAGCAAGCAGACCUCAGUCAAGGAGGCCGACAAAUUAAAGGCAGUAAAAAAUGAGGCGGAUGUUCCCCAACCAUCUCCCAUGGAUGUCUGUAGCCCUGGAGGGAUGGCGAAAAUUCUCAUCAAAGACACGACCUUUUCCUGCGGCGGUAAGAAAGGAAAUCUAAACAAUCAGGUGAAAGAGGCUGUCUUCAUGAAAAAGGUUCAGCAGGUUACUGAGGAGGAGCAAUACAACUAUAUCAAAUGCCAAGUUCAUCUAGGUGAGGAGCCAAUGUCGAAGAAAAGGCAGAAGCAGAUACUGGAGGAGAGAGAGACGGCUCUGCAGGAAUACAUGGUAAAAAAAAAAGACGAGAGGCAAGAUGAAGACUUCGCUCCCGAGCAGACCCAACUGUCAUCGAAACGGAUGCUUCGAGAUAACGAAUGGAAUCAAGAUGAAGUACCGGACUUCCAGUCGUACACCAGUAUUUCCUGGGACCUGAAACAAAGAGCCCUCACACUUUUCCAGCAGGCAGCUCGGAAGGUGGUGAUCCAAUGCCGCAUGCAGCGCAGACUGGCCUCUUUAAAGAAACUGGUGGACAGUAUAAAGAAGGAUUCGUCGAAGGGGAACGCUAAGGACAGAGCAAGUGUCAUAUCUCCAGACGAUGUGUUGCCGUCAUUUUUCCCAAAUUCCCCCCAUGAGGACAAUUCCACGGCUCUUAGGAAUUUUGUGGCUCUGCCUGUGGAUCCUAUCGACGUGACCGUGACAGCACACAUUCCUUUCUUCAACCUCCAGGUUCCCCAGCACUACAAGCUGAUGGGUUACCAACCCCCUUCUGCCUGGGACGCGUUUAGCUCCUAUUAUCCCACUACGCUGGCCAGACCUCUUCGUGCUGCACCGCCGGCAACGACGACGCACCGUAAUGAAGUGCAGGGUCCAGUCGAAGAGGGAGACAGAAUGAUGGACAUGAAGACUGCUGGACUCUCCUUCACGCCUCCUGAAACUCUCAUCAGGCCUUUCAAUGCAAACCCUCUCAGAAUCUUUAACCCGACCCCGGGCCUUCAGACCUUUAAACUGCAGCCCAAGUACCUGGAGAGCGACAAGGAGGUUCACCUCUGUGCUCUGCCCAAGUUUGCACUCUGUGAGAGCAACAGAUCUGGCUUAAUGCCACUAACUCCACAGGCACACUUUCUUCACUACCAGGAAGCAACCAGCAUGAACAUAAAACAGGUCUUCCUCCCAGUCACCAAUAUGAGCUCUCCUCGUAGGUCUGUCGACUACGACACAGACAUCCUUCCUCUCUCUGCCCCUCCUCUUCUCCCUGGCCCCCCCAAUGAUUAUCAUUUGCAGCUAACAGAGACCUCGUGUGAAGGUCCGGGAAUCCAGCUGACGCCAGAGAUGAUCUCAGCCGAGUUCCAGUUGAGGAAAGCUCAAACUCCUGUCUCCAGUAGCAACCUGAACAUAGGGAUAACACCCAGGCUGGAGGUGAACUACACAUCUGACAUCAACCAGAUGCAAACAAGACUGAUGGCCAGGCUGGAGGAGUUUGAAGAAGAGGAGCUUGAAUAAGCAAAAAAAGACGCUGCACACACACACACGCACACUCACACAGACACAUCAUCUUCAGGAAUAAACACUACUGCUUUCCUCCGGAGGCACAUUAUUCAGCAGCCAUCCUACUCAGCCUCGUGCAAGACUCUCCUUUGUCUGUUUUUGCCACUUCUGUAAAAUGAAACCCAGUCACUUUGGCGCCCACCUGUAAGGCUUCUUCCUGCCCACUCAGCGUUGCCUAUAAGCCUCCCUUCUGAGCGCUCAGAAAGGCUGGAAGUGUGUUAUCCCUCCACCUACUUGAUCCUGCAAAGGCACAGCCGCAGAACCUUUCCAACAUCAGCUCUUAACAGCUUCGCUUUGACCGGACUUUUCAAACUGAAUUUUUCAAAAUUUCACAAUUUCUUUAGGUCUGACAGUGAAUAGCAAUUGAGAUUUUUAUUUUUGAGAAAAUUCAGCUUUUAAUUUGCCCUAAAGCCCUGCUGAUUUGCAGCCAUCCAGGGACCGGGUGUUAUUCCAACGAUAAUUAGAGACAUCAGAUCUACAUUCACACUUACACGACUGUAAGGGGGAAAAAAAAGGAAACAGCUGAGGUCAGGAUUUAAUUAUCAAAAGAGCUGACAAGCUGUGAAGUCACUGGGAUGCAGUCCAGCAGGGCGCACGUGUCACCUGUCGCCCAUAGAGGGAGCUCCAGCUCUAUGACUCUGACUUAGCUGCUUGUGUUUGCCUUUCAGUGUGUGCACUCACUGUAAAGAAAUAAGGUAACACUGAAUUGCCUGUUUGUUCUCCCUUGUAGAGAAGCACACAAAGCCACAAAAGCGGUCACAUUAUUUAGACGUGAGGUUGGAUCCAAACAGAAAUGCAGAGUCAUGCAGCUGUGUGGUUAUUCUUUCACAUUACAUUGAGAUGACAGUAGAUUGUGUCCUUUUAGACUUUAUUUUUUAUUUUUUGGGGGCUUCAAAGAACAGUCCUACAGAAAAAUAUUUUAUUUCCUUAUUAACAAUUAUAAAAAAAUGUUUUUUGCUUCUUUACUGGUCGAAAACUAAAAUACAACAAGUAGGUUCAGCAUGAAAUUUGGAAACAUAUCCUUACCACUUGAAUCUGUUGGGUUUUUGAUAUGUUACAACAAUUUAUUUUAUUUUUAAAAAAUCUGAAAAGUGUGGAGUGCAUUUAAAUUUAGCUCCCCUGAGCUUUUUAGAUCCACCUUUUUUUUUUUUGCAAUGACUGUACUGCUACCGUUUUUUUAGGUAUGACACUGUCAGAGACAGACAGGAUCUUUGAACACCAGUUUUCAAGCCACAGAUUAAAUAUAAUAUAUUCAAAUUAAAGCAGAUUUGUUCUAAGCUUCCCCAUUAAAGCUCGAGCAGGACGUUUAUACUUUUUGGCCUGCUGGAAGGUGAACUUCUGUCCCAGUUUCAAGUUUUUUGCAGCCUCUAACAGGAUUUAUUAAAGCAUUGUCCUGUAUUUUGUUCAAUAUAUUAAUUCGUUCUUUUAAUUCUUUAUUUUUUCAGUCAGUGUUACAGAGUUAAAACUUAAAAAGCAGCAAUAUUCUCUGAUCUUAUCUAUAUGACAAAGUACAUACAAACUAAUAAAGGUUUGGGACAGAAAGACUUA